UAAUCCCGGGUUAAUGUUGAAAUGGGGUAAGUGGCGUUGUGUACUUCCAAUAAACUUAACCUCGCUUCACGCACGUAGAAUAUGCGAUCUCUACUAAUAAAUUUAUUGCGAACAAAGAAACAGUUUUAUAAAUAUUUGAAACCUUGUACAAAUAGUAUAAUAACAUAUUCUCAAUUGAGACAAAUUAUUACAUUUUCAAAUAAUGGUCAAAAAUGGCUUAACGACAAUAAAAAUGUGGAAAACAAGUCACAUAACCUAGUUAGUUCGAUUGGUAUGACUCAUAAAGUUUUUGAAGAUCAAGAUGCAGAAAUUAUUUUUGAUGCCAGUGAAAAACAAGAAACAAUUAAUUUAGAAGAUUUGAGAAUUGAGGAGGAACCUUAUGAUCCUUACGAAGGAAUAAAUUUAAAACGUGCUGUAAAUGGUGUAUUUGAAAUAGAAGAUCUGGUAUCAUUAUUACAAAGAGAUAAUGUCAAAAAUAUUUUUGUCGCUACAGUACCUUCUGAAUUAUCAUAUGUUGACUACAUAGUUAUAGUAACAGGUAGAUCAAAGAAACAUAUGCAAGCACUUGCUAAUUUUGUGCGUAAAGUAUAUAAAUUAAAGAAAAAUAAAACUGAUUUCUUGCCAAAAAUUGAAGGAGAAAAUUCAAAUGAUUGGAUAGCUUUAGAUCUAGGAAAUAUUGUAUUGCAUAUUUUUUCAAAUAAUGCCAGAUCAUUAUAUGAUCUGGAAGUAUUAUGGUCAGUUGGACCUGACUAUGAUGAUAAAAAUAAAAGUUCUACUGAAGAUGACAUUAUGGAACAAUAUAACACAUUUUUAUCCGAUUUAGAACCAAUUGAGAAUGACGAUGAUAAAGAACAAGAAAUGUAUAAAAAACAAUAAUUAUAAAAGUUAUAUAAACUAUGUUGUCUUUUAUUUACUAGGAUAUUAUUAUUAAAGAAAUAAAAUGUUUAAAACAUAAUGCUUAAAAAGUAA